UUUUAAAGUACAUGUAUAUCCAUUUAAAAUAAAUAUAUAUCAUCCAGAUAAACGCGACGCAAUGGUGGAAAGAGGUUUAGACCAUUGGUCGGAUAUACUGGUAGUGGUUAUCUACUUUGUCGCCGUAUUGGCUGUUGGAUUAUGGGCAUUUUGGCGACACGCUCGAGGGACAGUGACCAGUUACUUUUUGGCGGGGCGAAGGAUGACUUGGUUUCCGAUUGGAGCUUCUAUAUACUCCAGUAACAUAGGGACCGAACAUUUCAUUGGACUAGCAGGAUCAGGGGCUGCCGCGGGAAUAGCCAUGAUUUCCUACGAAUGGACGGGUCUUCCACUUAUUGCUUUAGCUGCCUGGCUGUUCCUUCCCGUAUAUAUCUCUGCAAAGGUGUACACUCUACCAGAAUAUCUUGGAAAGAGGUUUGGUGGCCAAAGGAUCCGAAUCUACAUGAGUUUGUUGUCUCUUCUGCUCUACAUCGUCACAAAACUAGCGGUCAGUAUUUUUUCCGGAGCGUUGUUCAUACAGUUAUCUCUGGGAUGGAAUAACUACGUCGCUAUAGCCUCCCUUCUGCUAAUCACAGGCAUCUACACUGUCCUUGGAGGAUUGACGGCCGUUAUAUAUACUGACGCAUUCCAAACCAUUAUCCUGACCCUGGGCUCCUUUGCUGUAGUUGGAGUCAGCUUUCACAGGAUAGGUGGAUAUGGAGAAUUUCAACAGAAAUACAUGCAAUCUAUUCCUGCUAUUCGAGACGACAACACGUCGUGUGGAUUGCCUCGUGAUGACGCUUUCCAUAUUUUUCGUGACCCCGUGAACUCAGAUAACCCGUGGCCUGGACUUCUUCUUCAGUCAAGCAUUGGCUGCUUAUGGUACUGGUGCUGUGAUCAGGUAAUAAUUCAGCGAUCCCUUGCUGCCAAGAACCUCUCCCAUGCUAAAGGUGGAGCUAUCCUGGCUGGCUAUCUGAAGAUGCUGCCAUUAGUGAUGAUGAUAUUCCCAGGAAUGAUCAGCAGGGCUCUCUAUCCAGAUGAAGUAGGAUGUGCCGAUCCAGUGGAAUGUCAGAAAAUCUGCGAUAACCCCGUGGGAUGCUCCAACAUAGCUUACCCUAAACUCGUACUGGAACUCCUUCCAUACGGUGUCCGCGGUCUUUUAAUGGCCGUCAUGUUGUCGGCCAACAUGAGUUCCCUCACCUCUAUAUUUAACAGCGCCAGCACAAUCUUCACCAUGGACCUCUGGAGGCGAAUGCGCCCCACAGCUAGAGAAAAAGAACUUUUGAUUGUCGGCAGGAUAUUUAUCGUGGCUCUCUGCGUGGUCAGCAUUCUCUGGAUCCCGUUGUUACGGUCUUCGCAAGGGGGACAACUGUUUGCCUACAUCAAUGCAGUUCAAAGUUACCUAGGCACGCCAAUUGGAGCCCUUUUCCUACUGGCAAUAACUUGGAAACGUAUGUCAGAACAGGGAGCGUUUUGGGGUAUAGUUAUCGGACACAUGUGUGGUGUAAUACGGCUGGUCCUGGACCUGGCUUACCCUGCACCUGAGUGCGGACACGAGGACACACGACCGUCCAUUCUGGUCAAUCUCCACUAUACCUACUUCGGAGCUCUGAUGAUUGUCAUCACGUCCCUCGCUAUCGUCAUCAUCAGCCUCCUGACCAAACCCCCAACAGAGGAAAUGAUUGGAAACCUAGUAUGGCAAAACCGGGUAACGAUAAACAGCGACGUUGAAGAGAUUGAAGAAGAAAUGGUUAUUUGUGUGAACAUUAAAAACACUUCAGAGACAACGAAGGACUUUAAUGGGGAUCUCUCUGAGGAUUCAGACCUCUCUACAGACCGGAAGUCCAUGUGGAGACAUUGGGUAGGGGAAAUCUGUGGAGUUUCUUCUAAAAAAGAACAGGGAGGAGACCUGGUGUUUGAUGAUAGGGCAACCAAAGCCUUCAUGAAAGAGGACCCAAGGUGGAGCCAUGUCCUGUCUGGCAUAUUUCUUGUCGGAAUGGUCACUACGGGAUUUCUUUAUGGCAUGUUUCAUUGAAUUUAUUUUAUAUUAUUUUACUAACAAACAAUGCAUUCUUGUCUUGAUACUUGCUUGAAACGGCAAACGUUUUCUUCUUAAAACGCUUUGUUGUAUUAUUUACGAAUUAUUGUCAUUUAUUUUACUUUUAAAGUUAAAUUUAACAUCUUCUUCGUACUCUGCGUCCCAUAUACAUGUAUAUGUAUACAAUGAAGUCCGCUGAUAAUUAUUUUUUCUUGUUUAAAACAUUUCAGCCUGAUGCUGCAUAAUAAGUAUACUUGUA